ACUUUUAUUUGCAGAUAUAAAAAGAAUUAUCUAGUAGUGCACUCGCAUAUAUUAUAUCCAUCCAAUCCUGUUGCUGCAGUGGAGUGAAAGUGGUCGUUCAGAAUGAAGCCCAUCGCAUAUUUUUUCUUCGCUGUGAUCCAGUCCGACUUGUUGUUGGCCUUGUAUGUGCCCCAGGAGUACGUAGUUCCGGAACCAAAGUUCGAGGUGUACUCAUCUGGUGGUUUUUCGGUGAGCAUACCUCACGAAGAUGGAAUACAACUGUUCUCGUUCCAUGGAAACGUCAAUCGACCCAUGGUUGGCUUGACGGCUGGUCAGUUUUCUAGAGAUGUAGUGAGUAGGAACAAUGACAGAUGGGUGUACGAAAACAAGAACGCCAAAUUGGAGCUAGGGGAUGUGAUAUAUUUCUGGGUGCUGAUCAUCAAGGAUAACUUGGGCUAUAGAUAUGACAAUGGACAGUUUGUUUUCAAAGAUAUCGUGGAGGAACAGCCCCACAAUCGUUCUCACGCGUCGUCCAAUUCCGGAACACCACAGUACAGUCCCAUGUGUGAAGCGGCUUUGAACCUAUCCAACACUGUGGACGAACUAAACGGCGACAUAAAGACGUUAAAAGAGAUAAAUGAUGUCCUGAGGAAUGUCGUCGCGAAAGACGAUACGUUGUCUAGAACACUGAGGUUUGAGGGCAUCCUUCCUCCCUAUGACGACGCCCAGUAUACCGCCCAAAUUAUCCUACAGGAGAAAUUAGGCCUGCACAUUCCAGUGGUUAAUGCUAAGAAGGAAGAGGACGGGAGUAUUACGUUUCAAGUGGCUAGUUUGGACGAUAAAAUUCGCGUGAUUAGAAUUGCCAAAGAGAAGUUAGAGAAAACGAAAUCUAAAAUUAUCCUUAUAUACUAAAUAUAAUUAUGUGUUAAAUACUAUUACUCUAAUAAUAUAGAUUAUUAUUUUAUUUA